AUGCGCGACCGUCCGAGGGCGACGAUCACGCUCCGCGGACGCGCGAUCGAUGACAUCGCCUUCGUCGCGUCGUCGAGCGUCAGCGGCGAGAACGAACUCGAGCUCCGGACGCGGCGGCCAAAGUUUCUUCCUCUGCUCGAACGUCGACCGGGAACGACGCGAUCGACGCUGACGUACGCCUUGGUGGACGGCGAACUUAAAGUCAUGCGAGAGCGUUCGGACGAUGGACGCGAGGGACGGACGGCGACGCUCGGGGAGGCGAUGGGGCGAGCGACGCGGCGGUGCGUCGAGCGGGCGUCGCACGCGCUCCUGCCGGAACCCACGAGCGUGACGAGUGAUUACUGGGAGUACGCGCGGUAUCGAUUCGCGCAAAGGAUCGCGUCGAGCUGCAUAUCGGUGUUCGCGACGCAGCAGAUGCUGACGGCGGUGGGGUUAGGGGCGAGUCGCACGCUCCCGGCGGCCGCCGCGGUGAACUGGGUGCUCAAGGACGGUUUGGGGCGAUUGGGGAAGCUGAGCGUGGCGGCGAACUUCGGGCGGACGUUCGAUAGCGAUGUGAAGAGGUUUAGGUUCACGUCGAGCGUGGUGUACGACGCGAGCUCGUUCAUAGAGAUUAUCACGCCGUACUUUCCACAGCACUUUUUGCCGCUCGCGACGGUGGCCAACAUCGGGAAAUCCGUCGGCAUCACCACCGCCAACGUCGUUCGCGCACCGAUUCAGAGAACGUUCAUCUUAGAAGAAAAUUUAGCAGAAGUCGCCGCGAAGACGAGCGCGCAGCAGGUGUUGGCGGACAAUAUUGGGCUCGCGCUUGCGGUUGGCGCGGCAAAGGGCAUGUCAAAAGUCGCGACUGUUCGACCGGAAAUUCGACGAGCGUUGCCCUUGUUCGCGUUCGGGCCGCUGGCGGUGCUCGAUUUGAUUUGCAUCUAUAAAGAGCUCAAGGCUGUGCAGCUGCGGACGAUCAACAAGGAGCGCGCUGAGAUCAUUGCCGAGGCGUACGUGAAGGAACGAGAAAUUCCGACGCGAGCGAGGGUGGCCAACGCCGAGCGACUUUUAAUACCCGCUCGGCUCGAUAAGUCGAAUCUUCCUCUCAAGGUGACGUCGAUAGGGGAGGUUUGUCCGACGCCGAAGUCAUUGAUCCGGGCGCUUUCGGGUAAGGGAAGGCGCGCAUCGACUCCACCAUACAUCUUAGCGUACGAGCCAGGAGCGUCCAAAAAGCGCGUGCUCGUCGACGGGCCGCGUAUCGGCGCGCCCAAGACUCCAGUGAACGGAAAGAAGAAAAUGAGCGCGAAGUUCCAGUUUCCUUGGCAGCGAGGGCGAGUCGGCCUGAAGGGUCGAGCUUUACUGGCGCUGAGCGAGGACGCGACGAGCAAAGACGUCUUACGCGCCGUGCUUCAGGUGGCGCACAUGCGCGCGCUGCCGUAUCGUCCCGAUCUCACCGCCGACGAGGCGUACGUGUGGGCGCUUCAGGAGUCCGAAUCCCUCGCCAAACGAGACAUUGACGAUUUCACCGCCAACCUGAGCAAGAAGGGUUGGAGCCACGAGCGCAUUUUGCUCAGCUCAGCCGAACGCCUACCGUAUUCAAUAAUCGGCAGCGCUCCCGCCCUCGUCGACGCUCUUCGAACCAUCGAGAAGUAG